UCUAGGUGGUGCUUUUCUGAAGUUGUUCAUCCAGACUUCUCAGCAGUGCUGCAGAGAUAAGUAGGUGAGGCUGCUGGCCGCUGGGACUCUGCACUCUGUAUGAAUGCCCAGCCCGGAAUCGGGACCUCAUUGCUUCUGCCGGCCUCGGACUGCGGGACUGAGCAACCCUUGCCGCGACUUCCUUCCUGGGCCUCCCGGUAUCUCACAGCUGUCUUUUCUGGAUUGACCCCACCCCCGUGGACGACUCCUGCCUCGCUUUCCCGCCGUGAACAUCAAUAUGUGUCAUGUCAUUGUCACCUGCCGCUCGAUGCUCUGGACCCUCCUGAGUAUCGUGGUGGCUUUUGCUGAACUCGUUGCCUUCUUGAGCGCAGACUGGCUGAUUGGGAAAGCCAAGACCCGCGGGGGCGCCGAGCCGGCGGUCACGGACUCGGAACCCUACUACCUGGGCAUCCUGUGCAUCCGCACCCCGGCCAUGCAGCAAGUCCCUCGGGACACACUGUGCGGGACCUACGCCAAGAGCUUCGGGGAGAUCGCCAGCGGCUUUUGGCAGGCUACAGCUAUUUUCCUGGCGAUGGGGAUCUUCAUCCUCAGCGUAGUGGCCUUGGUGUCCGUCUUCACUAUGUGCGUGCAAAGCAUCAUGAAGAAAAGCAUUUUCAACGUCUGCGGGCUCCUGCAGGGAAUCGCAGGUCUCUUCCUCAUCCUCGGCCUGAUACUCUACCCUGCAGGCUGGGGCUGCCAGAAAGCCAUAGACUGCGGACGGUAUGCAUCUCCCUACAAGCCUGGAGACUGCUCCUUGGGCUGGGCCUUUUACACCGCCACCGGGGGCACAGUCCUUACCUUCAUCUGCGCCGUCUUCUCUGCACAAGCAGAAAUUGCAACGUCCAGUGACAAGGUCCAGGAAGAAAUUGAAGAGGGGAAAAACCUCGUGUGCCUCCUUUAGUCUGGAAGACACUGA